UACCUGGAGAUGCUGGCACAGUGAGGCCAGCAGACAAAGCGCGUCCCCGGACUGUGCACACGCCAGCGCCAUCCCUUCGGAACCGAGAGUGCUCUACAGGCUGCAAAGUCCCAUCCUCACCAUGGCUCCUGGAGAGAAGAUCAAAGCCAAAAUAAAAAAGAAUCUACCGGUGCGAGGCCCCCAGGCACCGACCAUUAAGGACCUGAUGCAGUGGUACUGCCUAAACACCAACACCCACGGCUGCAGGCGCAUCGUGGUGUCCCGCGGCCGCCUCCGGCGCCUGCUGUGGAUCGCCUUCACGCUGACCGCAGUGGCCCUCAUUAUCUGGCAGUGUGCUCUCCUCGUCUUCUCUUUCUACACAGUCUCUGUCUCCAUCAAAGUCCACUUCCAGAAGCUAGACUUCCCUGCUGUCACCAUCUGCAACAUCAACCCUUACAAGUACAGUGCUGUGAGUGACCUUCUGGCCGAAUUGGAUAAAGGAACAAAACAGGCCUUGAAGUCUCUGUAUGGAGUCAAAGAUAUUCCAGAGGUUAAAUCUCGGAAACGCCGUGAAGCGGGAUCCUGGAGUUCUACCUGGGAAGGCAUACCACCCAGAUUCCGCAACCUGAUCCCACUGCUGAUCGUCAGUCCUGAUGAGAAGGGCAAAGCCAGGGACUUCUUCACUGGGCGGAAGCGGAAAAUCAGUGGGAACAUCAUUCACAAAGCUUCCAAUGUCAUGCAAAUCCACAAGUCCAAGAAGUUGGUGGGGUUCCAACUGUGCUCAAAUGACACCUCUGACUGUGCCACCUACACCUUCAGCUCAGGCAUCAAUGCCAUCCAGGAGUGGUACAAGCUCCACUACAUGAAUAUCAUGGCACAGGUGCCUCUAGAGAAGAAGAUUAACAUGAGCUACUCUGCUGAGGAGCUGCUGGUUACCUGCUUCUUCGACGGGAUGUCCUGCGAUGCCAGGAACUUCACACUUUUCCACCAUCCAAUGUAUGGGAAUUGCUACACGUUCAACAACAAAGAAAAUGCGACCGUUCUCAGCACCUCCAUGGGGGGUAGUGAGCAUGGGCUACAAGUCAUCUUGUACAUAAAUGAAGAUGAAUACAACCCCUUCCUGGUGUCCUCCACUGGAGCCAAAGUGCUUAUCCACCAGCAGAAUGAAUACCCCUUUAUCGAAGACGUGGGAACAGAGAUCGAGACAGCAAUGUCCACCUCCAUAGGAAUGCACUUGACACAGUCCUUCAAGCUGAGUGAACCCUACAGCCAGUGCACAGAGGACGGUAGUGAUGUGCCCAUUGAAAACAUUUACAACGCUGCCUACUCCCUCCAGAUCUGCCUUUACUCAUGUUUCCAGAAGAAGAUGGUAGAGAAAUGUGGCUGUGCCCAGUACAGCCAGCCACUACCGCCAGCAGCCAACUAUUGCAACUACCAGCAGCACCCCAACUGGAUGUAUUGCUACUAUCAGCUGUACCAGGCCUUUGUUCAGGAAGAGUUGGGCUGCCAGUCAGUGUGUAAGGAAGCCUGCAGCUUUAAGGAAUGGACACUGACCACCAGCUUGGCACAGUGGCCAUCUGAGGUUUCUGAGAAGUGGCUGCUCAAUGUUCUCACCUGGGACCAACGCCAGCAAAUAAACAAAAAGCUCAACAAGACUGACCUGGCCAAGCUUUUGAUAUUCUACAAAGACCUGAACCAGAGAUCCAUUAUGGAGAGCCCAGCCAACAGUAUUGAGAUGCUUCUAUCCAACUUUGGUGGGCAGCUGGGCCUGUGGAUGAGCUGUUCUGUUGUCUGCGUCAUUGAGAUCAUCGAAGUCUUCUUCAUUGACUUCUUCUCCAUCAUCACCCGCCGCCAGUGGCAGAAAGCCAAGGAGUGGUGGGCCCGAAGGCAGGCACCUCCCAUCCCUGAGGCACACCCCAGCCAGCAGGGCCAGGACAAUCCUGCCCUGGAUGCGGACGAUGACCUACCCACCUUCACCUCUGCUAUUCACCUGCCUCCAGCUCAGGAGGCCCAGGUGCCUGGCACACCGCCCCCCAGAUACAACACCUUGAGUUUAGAGAGUGCCUUUUCUACCCAGCUCACAGAUACCCAGCUGCCCGAUGAGUUGUGAGGCAGGGUUGGGAAACACAGUCUAGAUGGCACCACAGCUAUGGUCUGAGACAAAGGGACCCUCCUGCCUUUGCUCUGGGCUCUUGGCACAUGACUAACAAUCUGCUGUGAACAGGACAGGGCUGGGCACCUGCAGAAGGACAUUCUAGGCCCGGCCCCCCUCACUCAUACUCUCCAGGAUGAUCUUGCAGGCUGGACUUAACACGUCUGUGCUGGAGAGUCAACAGUAAUGGCCCAGGCAGAGGACAUCAGUGAGCUCUCCACAGGAUCCUGAGGAGAAGGGAGCUUCCAAAGCCCCAAGCUCAGGAGGUUCACACACAAAAUCCCUGGCCUGGAUUGUGGCCCAAGCAGAUGACCUUAGGUAGCAAGGCUGGACAGCCACUGCCUGAUUGCCUAACAGGAGAAAGCACCAGCCUUGGAUCCUGACUGGUCAUGAAUAAGCUGACUUCAGUCACUGACACUGGGGCAAGGUGGCUCUGUGCCCUCAGGCAGAUAGCUGGCCCAGUGCCUGGGAGCAUGUUUGGAGAGGGUGCAGUGGAGAGAGACUGAGGGGUGUGACAGGAUGUCCCCCCUCAGGGAGUAGGGUAGGGCACAACUCUGGGCAGCGAAGGCAGCGCUCUGGGCCCUUCCCAAGUACAGAAGGGCCAGUUAAAAUGCAUAGCUGGACACUCCUGCCAAAUGCUGUUCCCAGAAUCCCAUUUCCUCAGCUGCUCUUUCUACCUGCCAGUUCAGCAGCACCCCAAAACAGACCUCCCAUGCUACCGGUGUCUCCCCUUCACCAGCAAGCCACUACCACAGACAGCCCACUUCCAACCAUAUACAUACCUUUCAAGUCCAGUGUCAGCUCAUGAGUGGUAUGCUGGGGGCUGUGCAGAAUACUUAUGUAAAUUACCCUAAGGGAUAGCAAGCCUAUAGGCCAUAUCCUUUAUUAUGCCUGUGCACUGAGAAUGUGUGUAUGUGUGUGUUUUAUAAUUUUUACAUAGCUAAUAUAUACAUGUACAUAUAUAUAAGAGAAUAUUUUAUGACUUAUGAAAAUAAUAUGAGUUCCAGAUAUUGUCUAUAAAUAAA